AGCGAGAGAAGGAGGGAGGGAGCGAGGGAGGUAAAGAGGGAGCGCGUUUCAGUGCCCAGUAAUCCCUCCACUGCGAGCCUCUUCUUCACAGGGACUUUUUUUCCGUCCGGAUGCUGUAGCUUGGCGUUGGGACUAUCUCUGUCUCUCCUGCCUCCCCCCCCCCGUCUGUGUGAGAGGACGCUGCGUGCCUGGCGUGCAGACAUGGGCCCCUCGUUGCGCUCUGGGAUUACCGUCGGCCUGCUCCUCACCUUGGCCCAGGUGAUCGCCGUGACCUGCCAAGAAGAUGCCAAGAAUGACACCUGCACGGAAAACGGAGAAGUCUACGCCAGCGGCGCCAUGUGGAACCCCGAGCCGUGUCGGAUCUGCGUGUGCGACACGGGGACCGCCGUGUGCGAGGACGUGGUCUGCGAGGACCUCGGAACCUGCGAGAGGGCCGGCACCCCGGAGGGGGAGUGCUGCCCCGUGUGCCUGUCCGCUGCCCCGUCUCCCGACCCCGCCCCAGACCAGGAGAGCUGCGCGGUCGACGGCGAGGUCCACCAGCACGACGCCGUCUGGAACCCCCAGCCGUGCCUGCGGUGCGUCUGCGACGCCGGGGUGGCGGUCUGCGACCAGGUGGAGUGCGAGCUGCUGACGGACUGCGCCAAUGUGGUCACGCCGGAGGGGGCGUGCUGCCCCGUGUGCGACGGCUUGGCCAGCGCCAGCAGGGCGACAGCAAUGAUGGGCUUCAAGGGACAGAAAGGUGAACCAGGUGACAUCCCACAUGGGGUGGGGCUUCCUGGACCCGCAGGCCCCUCGGGUCCUCCAGGAGCUCAAGGAAGGAUUGGACCAAGAGGCUUUAAAGGCAGACGGGGAUUGGCCGGGCCGCAAGGAUUUGACGGAGAGCCCGGUGUGCCGGGAAAUCCAGGACAGGCGGGACCCCCAGGAGCUCCUACCCACCCUGGGGGCAACUUGGUGUCCCAGAUGGCUGCGGGUUUUGGGGAGAAGGCCAGUCUGGCCGGGAUGGUGUCGGGAACCAGGGGUGAAGCAGGACCACGAGGACCUCCAGGGUCGCCCGGGCAACAAGGUCCAGCGGGGGCUCAGGGAUACCCAGGAGAGGCUGGAGAGCCAGGACAAAUGGGGGAGUCGGGUCAUCGAGGACCAGACGGGCCUCCCGGGAAAACUGGUAAAGAUGGCAAAGCUGGAGCCUCCGGGGCUACGGGGGAACCAGGAUUCCCUGGAUCUGUGGGUGCCAGAGGAUUCCCCGGACUUCCGGGUCAUCCGGGGCUGAAAGGUCAAAAGGGAAACGCCGGCCUCGCUGGGUCGAAAGGCGAGUCUGGAGCAGUCGGAACAAAGGGUAAAUCCGGUACUCCGGGUGGGAUGGGUGCUCCAGGCCCGCAGGGACCAGCGGGCCAGCAGGGAGAGAGAGGCCGAGCCGGACCAACUGGCCCCCCGGGAAAACGAGGCGAAAACGGCCAUGUCGGCAAACCCGGUCCUCUGGGUCCAAUCGGAAUUCCCGGGGUUCCUGGAUUUCCUGGUAACACAGGAGUGAAGGGUGAAGCAGGACCGCCGGGGGUCAGAGGAAGUGCCGGACGCCAGGGUCCGCGAGGCGAUGGCGGUCAUGUGGGACCGGCUGGACCGCCAGGACAGCAGGGCGCCGCGGGACCCGACGGAGCUCCCGGUAGUCGCGGCUCUUCGGGUCUAGCAGGUGCCCAGGGUCCAGCAGGGCUGCUGGGGCAACCCGGGCCCCCCGGCCCCCAGGGGACCACAGGAACACCAGGACCAAAAGGCCAAUUGGGUGAAGCUGGCCUGCCGGGAUUCAAAGGAGAAGAUGGAUUCAAGGGAGAACGAGGCGACCAUGGUAUGCCGGGUGCUUUGGGCCCGAUGGGAGAGGACGGGAAACGUGGACCCCGAGGUGACGCCGGAUCCAUCGGCCCUCAAGGAGCUUCAGGAGAGACGGGAGCUCCAGGAAACCGGGGUUUCCCAGGUGCAGAUGGAUUACCAGGACAGAAGGGAGCGCAGGGCGAGAGAGGACUGCCGGGGUCAACCGCCGCCAAAGGUUUAUCUGGAGACCCAGGACGUAAUGGAGAGCCAGGUCUAACGGGAGCUCGGGGGCCGGCGGGACUUCUCGGUGCCGAGGGAUCCGAAGGGAAGCCGGGUCCAAUGGGCUCGGCUGGAGACGAUGGUAAACAAGGCCCUGCUGGUUCCGCGGGGGGCCGAGGGUUGGCCGGAGUGAUGGGCCUGCCGGGACCGAAAGGCUUCGCUGGGGACGCCGGGAAGAUGGGAGAGGCGGGCAGCUCCGGGGCUCCAGGUCAAAGGGGGGUGAAUGGAAAAGAUGGAGAAGAAGGCGCUGCCGGUCCAGCCGGUCCAGCUGGUCUUACGGGAAAAAGAGGCGAGCAGGGACCACAGGGACUGCAUGGUUUCCAGGGUUUGCCGGGAACGCCAGGACCACCCGGGGAGUCAGGAAAACCAGGUGUUGAGGGUCUUGCUGGUGAAGCUGGUGCUGGUGGAGCUACGGGUCCAAGGGGGGAAAGAGGACCUCCGGGGGGGAGAGGCGAAGUCGGGCCCAACGGGCUACAGGGACCCAAAGGUAGUCCAGGUGGACCAGGUCCAGAUGGGCCGAAGGGUAGCCUCGGUCCCAAGGGGGCCGUCGGAGAGGCGGGUGGUCCAGGACUUCAGGGGAUGCCAGGAGAGAGAGGCACAUCCGGACCUUCGGGGCCAAAGGGAGAAGCGGGCUCUGCUGGGGAGGCAGGAGCGGAGGGGAGAGCCGGAGCCGACGGAGCACGGGGACUUCCUGGUCCUGUUGGACCUGUUGGUUCCAGUGGACCCAAUGGAGAGAAGGGGGAAACCGGCCCACCAGGACCGGCAGGACGCCGAGGCACCAGAGGAAUCGCUGGUUCUACUGGGGAAAAUGGUCCUACUGGUGCCGUUGGCUUCCCUGGACCUGCUGGUCCUGAUGGUCAACCCGGGGUCAAAGGUGACAUGGGUGAGGCUGGUCUGAAGGGAGAGGCGGGAGCUCCUGGACCACAGGGGAUGGCUGGGAAAUCCGGAGGACAGGGACCUGUUGGUGUGACGGGACUGAAAGGUGGCAGAGGAACACAGGGUGCAACAGGCUCUGCUGGUUUUCCUGGGCUGCCUGGAGGAGUUGGAGCAGUCGGCCCUCAAGGUUCCGUCGGGGCAGACGGGCCUAUAGGAGCUCCAGGAAAGUCGGGACCUGCUGGGAUCAUCGGGGAGAACGGACCUCAGGGACGUCAAGGAGAGAGGGGAGCUUCAGGUGCACCGGGCAGCCCCGGAGAGAAGGGCGAGUCUGGAGAGGACGGCCCCGGGGGGCCCGAUGGGCCUCCAGGACCUGCUGGUGCAGCAGGACAGCGAGGAGUCGUGGGCCAGCCUGGACUUAGAGGGGAGGCGGGCAUGCUGGGACUGCCAGGCCCUGCUGGUCCACCUGGGAAACCCGGAGCAUCCGGGUUUCAGGGCGGUCCAGGGCCUGCUGGUGGAGUCGGCCCACCUGGAGCCACCGGCCCAAGAGGAGACGCCGGGCCUGCGGGUAUCGCUGGAGCAGAAGGGGCUCCUGGGAAGGACGGCCUCGUGGGGGACAGGGGAGACAGGGGUACGGCCGGUCAGGAGGGUCUGGCUGGUGCUUCAGGGUCUCCAGGAACUGAGGGUUCUGUGGGGCUGACAGGCGCUCCAGGACAAAGAGGCGAGAACGGCGCCAGAGGCUCCCCAGGCCCCGUCGGAGCAGUUGGAGUACGGGGAAAAGUGGGCCCCCAAGGACCACAGGGAGAGAAGGGAGCAGCUGGAGAACAAGGAGAAAGGGGUCAGAAAGGACACAGAGGUUUCACUGGGCUCCACGGUUUGCCUGGAACGACUGGCGCCACAGGGGAUCCAGGGUCGACAGGUAUUGUCGGACCAGCAGGGCCGAGGGGACCUCCGGGUGUGUCUGGUCCUCCGGGAAAGGAAGGAAAAAUUGGCCAUCCCGGACCAAUGGGGCCUCCUGGAACCAGGGGUUCCGGCGGGGACAUCGGGGCACAGGGUCCACCUGGUGAUGCGGGACCGUCCGGCCCUCCAGGCCCCCCUGGUCCCCCCUCCGCUGCCCUGGAGGAGCUCUUCGCUGCCCCUCACGAUUACGAGGGGAUCGGCCACUGGCCAGAGGCCUCGGAGUUUGUCGAGGACGACCAGGCCGCCCAUCCUCCUCCUCUCCCGGAGAUGAAUCGAGACGAAGCCCUACCCAAUAAGAAGUCGGCCGUCCUGCGUGCAGACACAGGAGUCCACGCCACGCUGAAGACCCUCAGCGGGCACAUGCAAAACCUGCGCAGUCCUGACGGAAGCAAGGGGAACCCGGCCAAAACCUGCCAGGACAUCAAGCAGUGCUACCCUCAGAAGAAGAGCGGGGCAUACUGGAUUGAUCCAAAUCAAGGAAGCACAAAAGAUGCUAUUAAGGUCUUCUGUAAUAUGGAAAAUGGUGAAACCUGCAUCUCCGCCAACCCGGCCUCCAUUCCCCGCAAAGCCUGGUGGACCAAAUCCAGUCCCAGCAUCAACAAACCCGUCUGGUUUGAAGCGGACAUGAACGGUGGAACUAAAUUCCGCUAUGGAAAUACCGAGGAGCAACCAAACGUGGUGGCGGUCCAGAUGAAGCUGCUCCAGCUUUUGUCCAAAGAAUCGCGCCAGAACAUCACCUAUCACUGCAGGAACAGCGUGGCGUACAAAGACGAGAGGACCACCCACCUGAAGAAAGCUCUGGUCCUCAGAGGCUCCAACGGCCAGGAGCUGAGAGCGCAGGGAAACCUGCGCCUCCGCUACACCGUCGUCCGGGACGGCUGCGCGAGUUCAAACGGGGAGUGGGGCGAGACGGUGAUCGAGUACAGGACCCAGACUGCUGCCAGGCUGCCUGUGGUGGACGUGGCCCCCAUGGACAUCGGGAAAGCUGACCAGGAGUUCGGCCUGGACAUCGGCCCCGUGUGCUUCUCAUGAAACAGCACAAGAUGGACGGAAAAGGCCCUUUUAAUUUUUAGAGAAGAAACAUCACAUGUAAAUUAAAGUAUAUGGACUCGUCUUUCAGUGAGCGUUGCAAGUCGAUGGAGGUUAGAUUCUCCAACACAUGGCUGCAUUUCCCAAAAGCUGUGGAAGUACGGCGUGCUUGCUGUGUGACCGGCAGGACGCCGACGUAAUUUAUUUACUUUGUCAAUAAAUGUACAAUCUGGAGCACCAGAACUCUACGGGGCAAUGCACGUGGGUGGAAAAAAUAAAGUCUCCAGGUGCUAACAUGAAACCGAAGUAGAGUUUGGAUGGAUUGUGAAGUUGCACAAACUGGAAAAAUAGCCAAUAUUAAAGCGGAAAGAGACGUAGUCUCAGAGCAGACAUGCAAUCAAACCAUUACAUUCGGCUUUUUUCCCCCAGUAAAUCCACAUCCAGGAGCCUGGAGAUUGAAUUAAACAUUUAAAUCAUGCUUGUACCUAAAUUAUUAAGUUCUGUGGAAGAACUAAUUUACUCUCUCAACAGAAAACCUUUGUAUCUCCCUUUAGAACCCCAACUGUAAAUGCAACAUAUGACUGUAAAUUACAAAUUUUUCGUUUGUUGUUGAUUAUGGAUGUGGAAUAAAUGUCUUGGAAUGAC